GAAAGAGGUGUUCAAAGGCUGAAUGCCAAGAAAAACAACAGCAACAAGUGUGUGUUUGGGUUUGUGAAUGAUGUUUCGAGGAGAUGAUGAGGAAAAACGACAACUUUUGUGAUGGCUGAACAAAUUAACACCGAUCAUUAGCUUCAGAGUACGCAAACGGGUGUGAACGCGCUAUUUGACGAAACGUAAAGUAACGCAAAAGAAAAUAGAAAAAAUAUAGAUUUUGAAGAUUAAUAUUAAAUAAAUAAGCAAUAGUUUAUUUAACAAAAAAUCCAAAAUUAUCAAUUUGAAAAAUUGCAUCCAAAAAAAAAAAACAAAUUUUAAAAAAUCUUAAAAUUCAAACAAAGUGUUGAAAUCUAAAAAUAAACUCGCAAUUCUAAAAAUACCUCAAGAAUAGCAAGCAACCCAAAAAAAGUGAAUUCUGUCCAACCAGCCCCUCCGAGCGUAGGACCCAGUGCUAUUUGACAAAUGGAUACUAAUUAAUUACAGUUUGUACAAAAUUUUAGUACAGCUCAAAUCAGCGGCCGUACACCGUCAGACAUCAUAAAGUGCGUUAACAGCCGUAAACCGCUAUUAACACAAAAACAACAUAAAAUUAACAGUAAUUUAAUAAUUUAACGCAAAAAAGUGAAGUGAAAAGUACCUAAUUAUCAUAACGACCAAAAAAAACUGAAAGAAAAAAACUGAGAUCGCGACAAAAGAAGACUGGGGGAGAUCCUCAAUAAAGAAAAGAUCCAUUGAUCGAUCGAUCGAUCUAAACGCCUUUGUUGCUGUUGUUAAAUCAAAUAAACAGCCAAUCAAGCAGCCAACUGUUAAUCUGCAGUGUUUCAGUUUCAGUUUCGUUUUAUUUUGGUAUUUUAUCACAGUUGACAUUCACACACCAUCAAACACACACACGCACGCACGCCAAGCCAUUUCCAGAGGCGUUUGUGUGUCAGAUCCGUUUCCCGCGGCGUAUCAUUUGCUGAUAAUUUAAAGUGGCGCGUGACACAUUUGACACGCAAGUGUUAAACGUUUAUUAUAAGAAGUUCGCCCCAUCCUCUCCUGGCGAAAUACAAAAAAAAAAGUGAAAAUAAAAAAUAACAAAGUGCAAAAAACCAAAACAAUUGUCGCCGGAUCAGAACAAGAAUUAAAAUAAAUAAACGGAAAGUAAUUAAAAUAAAUUCAAUUAAUUGAGGCAAAAUAUGUGCUAAGGCUUGAAUCUAAGAGAAAAAGAAAACAGUUUUUGAAGUAAUUGGUGUCAAUAAGCUGUGAAAAAAAUCGGAAAAGUAUUUGAAAUUUAGCGGAACUGUCAUUUGGAUUACAACUACCUUCAAAAAUUAUGCAAGACAUGUCAACUUCACACAUUUUAUCGGCCGUGGAUCCCCACAGCAAUGGCACACAUUCGCCUCAGCAUUUACACGCCCCAGAUGCCAUGGUCAGCACCGGCAAUCACAACUCGUUGGGCAAUCGCGGCAGCCCCAAUGCCUUGGAGAGAAAUUUACAUGUCUCCCUGGAUGAUCGGGAGCUGUGGCUGCGUUUUCAAAAUCUAACCAAUGAAAUGAUUGUCACCAAGAAUGGAAGGCGCAUGUUUCCGGUUGUGAAGAUCAGUGCCUCGGGCUUGGACCCAGCUGCCAUGUAUACCGUGCUCUUGGAGUUUGUGCAAGUGGAUACACAUCGCUGGAAAUAUGUCAACGGGGAAUGGGUACCUGGCGGCAAAGCCGAAGUUCCUCCCUCCAAUCCUAUUUAUGUACACCCCGAAUCUCCCAACUUUGGUGCCCACUGGAUGAAGGAACCCAUUAGCUUUGCCAAAGUUAAGUUGACCAACAAAACAAAUGGCAAUGGCCAGAUAAUGUUGAACUCCCUACACAAAUAUGAGCCCCGUGUCCACUUGGUACGCGUGGGCUCGGAGCAGCGUCAUGUGGUUACCUAUCCCUUUCCGGAGACACAAUUUAUUGCCGUCACAGCCUAUCAGAACGAGGAGGUAACCUCUCUGAAAAUAAAAUACAAUCCAUUUGCAAAGGCCUUCUUGGAUGCCAAGGAGCGCCCCGAUACGAUGUAUUCUCAUGAUGCCCACUAUGGUUGGUUGAUACCACCGCCCACCCAUUACACCAGCUCUCCGGUAAACCACAAUACCUUGGCCGAAUCCUCCUUGGUGUCGGGAAAUUGCGAUCGUUAUGGUCGUGCCUUGAGUAGCCGAUCAAAUGCCUCCAACAGAUCCACUCCAUACAGUCGACCUCGCAUUGUCUCAGGAUCUGGUAGCAAUGGCAGCACGGGCAACGCAUCACCACCUCAACCCCCAUCGGCACCCCAGACUCCCACGAGUCUACAAUCCAGCAACACCCAACUUGGAUCAACCCCCACAUCGAGUGCCUGUUUCACCAGUUCCUAUUCACAAUCGGGUUUUAUGCCCGUCGAACCCACAUCAAGUGCCACAGUAUUCUCAUAUCCCACCACAUGGCAGACCAAUGCCAACUACUGGAGUUCUCCAGCGGUGCCGGGUCCCAUGGCCGUCAACACCGCCAGAGCAAUGUCCUCCCACAAUUCUCCCUCGCCCACAAACAAUGGCUCCCCCACCUACACUACACCCUCCCCCGGUUACACGAUUCAUCACUUGACUCCCCAUGGCCAUGCCCAUCAGUAUAACAUGGCCCAGCCAACGGUCAGCCAUUCUGCCGACAUGUACCAAAGUGUUUCGCCCACCACCCAAUCAUAUGCCGCCCCAGCUCAUCAAGUUUAUCAUCCCACACCCACGUCACCCACCUCACAUCAGCUCUACUCGAAUGUUUUGAAUGGACCCAGUGCCCUGACUUAUCCCAGCACAUCAUGGCACAAUGGUGCUGCCGCCGACUAUGGUCUAUAUCAAAAUCCAGCUGCUUAUGCCUAUCAAACGGAAUACAUUCCCCUAGUUUCAGAAAUUGGCACUUAUGUCCCACCCGCUUUGGAACCAGUCGAAGUCACCAAAAUCAUGGACAAUGCCAGUCACAAUGCCUUGUACAGAACCCCUGAAGAACCCACCACAGUCUUGACCUUGGAAUGUAACAGCCUCAAGGCAGACGCUGCGUCCCAUGCGCCCCAUGCUGUUGAGAAUUCGGUUAAACUGGAAACUCUAUCAUCGGCCAAUGCCAAUGGCCAUCUAAGAGCCCCCUCAGUCGAUCCCUCCGUCCCCGUCUCAGCUCCUGUACAAAAUACUUCUGCAUCAGGCAACACCUGGACGCCGCUGACACCACCCCAAAGUGCUCUACAACAAUAGAUGAAUUGUUCGGGUGUUCUACUUCAGUUGUAGUAAAAGUAAAAUAAUUUAAAAUAGUAUUUGAAAAAAAA